UUUUCUUAACAACGGAAUAGAAUUCUCCAAAGCAAGGAAUGUUAAAAUAGUUAAAUUUUUUUAACAAACAUUUUAAUAAAAAAAAAAAAAUUAAAGAUGGCCGAGGACAUAAAUCCGGCCGUAAUAAAACAUACACAGGAAACUCUGGGCAAAUAUGUUAAGAAACCCAAUUUAAGUGAAAAGCUAUUGAAGAAGCCACCCUUUAGAUUUCUUCAUGAUGUUUUUGCAGUGGUUAUUAGAGAAACAGGUUGCUUUGAGGGUCUUUACUCACCGGAGGAGCUUAACUCGGACAAUAUUAAAGAUCGUGAUGAUAAAAUGCAUUUUCUGCAGAAGAUGAUUGAUGUUGUUAGAAUUUGCACCAAUGUCCCUUUAACUGUAAAAACAUCCAAAAUAGUGGCUGGCCAUGAGGCCGAGAAGACCAAUGAGUUGUUGCAAUUGAUGGGAAAAAUUAUAGAAAAUAAAUUAAACUGGCAGCCAGCAGUGGAACAAGUGCUUAAAGGCAAAGAGAUCAAAUCACCAGUGGAAAAGCCUAAAGAGAAAGCCGAGAAACCUAAAGACAAGGAAGUAGCAAAAUCAAAGGAUUCCACUACAAAAGCCAAACGCGAAAUCAAUAAGUUGAGCAAACAAGCAUCAGAGGAGAAAACCAAGCGACCCAAAGAGAGGCAGAAAUCCAUUACCCCAACAACGGCAAAAGAAAAGAACUCGACAAAACCCGGUAAGGCGGAGGAUAAAGGUGCAGCAAAAAAAUCUAAAGAGUCUGCAGCACGAAAGUUGUCUAAAGCCGAUUCUCAAAGCAGUCACAAGAGCAUAUCACCCAACAAGGAAGUGAAAACAACAAAAAAUAGAGAAAACACAACACCCAUGGCAGCAUCCAUUCAAUGCUCACAUGAGGAAGAACAAGAACCACAAAGAAAAGAAGCCAAAAUGAAAUCUAGCAUAGCAUCUGACAAUUUGGGGACUGUUAAUGACAAAAAGGCACCUAACCCACAAAAUGAAGAUCCCUUUGGCCCUUCUCCGGCGCAAGAAGAGAAAAUGGAGCAUAGUCUAUUUGGGGGGGAUGAUAAGGCUUUUGAAAACAAUGAUAUUUCACCAAAAAGACAAACAGAAAGUGCUAGUAGGAGAUCCUCAGGAAAAUUAAAAAAGUCACCUAAAAAAGUGAACAAUGAAAUAUCACAAAAUGGAGAGGAGAAUAAUAGCAUAAGCAGAAAUUCUUCAGCAAAAUCUAAAAUAAACCAAAAUUUAAUGGGAAAUAUGAAUGAGGCCUUAACGCCUGUGCCAGACGAUAAAGAUAGCAUUAAAAGAAAAUCAUCAUCGGGAAAAUCUAAGCCAUUAAAUGACUUCAGUCUUAAGGAAGCUAAUUCGGAAGCAGAUAUGAAAACUCAACCAAAGGAAACCACAAUUAACAAAGACCCAGAAAAUAAUUUUGCAGAAAAGCCAUUGGCAAAUACCAACACUAAAGCUGAACCACCAGCAACCCCUGUAGCCAUUGCCGCUGGCAUAGUUAACAAUGAAGUUAAACGUGAAUCAACUUUUACAAGGGAAAAUUCUAAAGAUUUACCCAAUAAAACAAAUCGGCCACGCACCUCUCUUAGGCCACCCUCAGCGAGGCCACCUUCUGCCCGACCAGGAGCUCCCAGACGACGAGAUCGCAACAUUGAGAUUAUACUGCAGCCCAAUGAUCAAAUUAAAAUGUCAGGCAUACAAGUGAAAUUGGAAAAUUUUGGUGAUUUAGAUGAUGAUGGUGAAAAUCUGGUGAUAAUUGAGAAUAGCGAUGCGGCCAACGUGGAGCAGGAAAUGAUGGGAGCCCUAAAGACCGAAGCCCAAACAGAAUCAGAGCCUAUGGAGCAACAGGGCCAUUUGGUACAACAAAUUCUAGAGACUCAAAAAGAAUUGACACAACAAAAGGAUUUCAAUCAACAAAUCAAAAAUGAAAAGGAUUCUGUCAAUGGCAUGGUCAUGAAACAAACUUCAAUGAACAAUUUACGUGAUGUCAUUCAAGGUCUUACGAAAUCUGUGAAUCCUUUGGGAAAACUAAUGGAUUUUAUACCAGAAGAUAUCGAUGCUAUGCAGCUGGAAUUCACAAUGUGGCGUGAUACAUAUACGCAAGCGGCCAAUCAAUUGAAAAGAGAGAAAAGUCUCACCGAAUCGGCUACAGAACCUAUGAAAAAUCAACUAUUACAAAUUGAAUCGAGUAUACAGGAAUAUAUGGAAAUGAUCGAUGCUAGUCGUGUUAAAAUACUACAAAACAACGACAAAAUAUUGAAAAUGUUAAGAAAUUCAUAAUUUUAUGUACAUAGUAAUAUGUAAGUAAAAUUGUUCAUCGUUCGGUACAAAGCUUAAUUUGUCAAUGAUGUUUUUCGUUGCCUAUUUUGUCAAAAUGGAUGGAUGAUCUGUAAACACAUGUUCGAGGCGAAGGAAUGAUACCAAAAAAUUGAAUUGUUUUUUUUACUUUAUUAUUAUAAAAAUUUAACAAUCAUACAAAAAAGUAUUUUGCACACAAGCAUACAUAACUAGUAGCUAACAGCAAUCAGUUAAAUCAAUAAAGAAGUCACAUUAUUUAUCAUUGUUAUAAUGAACUUGACUUUUA